GUGGGGUUAUCUGUGGCCAUAUAGAACAGAAGCCUGUGGAGACUUUCACUGACACUCCACCAAAGUGUCUGCAACAAGUGGAAUGGACAACUGACUUCCAUUUUCAUCCAUUGUUUUUUUAUUUGAAUUUAACCGUAAGAGUUAAAUGCAGCAAAUGGAAGCAAAACUGAAAGAUAAGCAUCAUGGGAUGCUCAAUGAAGGCACAGAGAAUGAAUUGCAAGUAUUUGGUUACAGAACAAAGAGAUGGAGACAAGUCUUGUGUUAUUUGGGAUAUGUGCUUACUCUUGGAUUGACUCGGUUCCUCUUUUAUUGGAAACAAGAGAUGUAUGCCUGGUUUGUUUGUAACCCUUGCAGCUUGGAAGAGGCAGACAUUUUACUGCUUAAAACUACGGAUGAACAGAAAAAAUGCUUUAUGAAGAAAGUAAAGUCAUUUCAUGUUGCCAAUGUUUCCCAAGUGUCAUUCAUGCAUAAUAGCACUGCUGAAAAACCACCUAAUAAAGAAUUAGCAGUAACCACUGAACUGAAGGUUCGAUAUAUGUAUGUACAAAAGAUAAGAUAUAUUUGGAAUCCAUUUACAGGAAUGUUUCAGAGAAGUGGGGUUUUGGAUGACACCCAUUCAUGUUCUGAUAUACACACAACAUUUGGCUCAGGGUUCAGUAAAGAAGAACAAGAUGGCAGGCGGCAAAUUUGUGGAUCAAAUUCAAUUGAAGUGGAAAUAACUCCGAUAUGGAAGCUCCUUUUCAGGGAGAUUUUCAACCCGGUUUACUGCUUUGAAGUCUAUGCAUUAAUUUUGUGGCUUUCAUCUGGAUAUAUUGAAUAUUCCAUGGCCAUCUUAAUUCUCACCGUUUUGUCUAUUAUUGCUACUGUCACCUUGCUGCGGAUGCAAUCUGUGAAAUUACAUAAAAUGGUUGAAUUCCACAAUUAUAUCAUGGUUUCUGUUCUUCGAAAAAGCGGAGACAUAGAAGAAGUGCAGUCCCAACAUUUGGUUCCGGGAGAUGUAAUCAUUUUACCUGAAAAAAAAAUGUACUUACCUUGUGAUGCAAUUCUGAUAUCUGGAGGCUGUGUUAUAAAUGAAGGCAUGCUGACAGGAGAAUGUGUUCCUGUUACAAAGACACCAUUGCCCUGUGUAGACAAUUGCAUUCCAUGGAACAUUCACACUGGGGACAGUUACAAGGAGCACAUGCUUUACUGUGGAACCGAAGUCACCAAGACUAAGCCAGAUAGUGAAGGACUGGUAAAAGCUGUUGUACUGCACACUGGUUUUAACACCACAAAAGGAGAUCUUGUGAGGUCCAUCCUUUAUCCAAAACCAAUAAAGCUUAAACUCUACAGAGAUGUUUUCUGGGUCAUUGCUGCACUUUCAUUAGUUUCAGUUUGUGGUCUUAUAUACUCAGUAGUCAUUGGUGCAGUCCAAGGAGCAGAAACAAAAGAUUUAAUUCUGACAGCAUUUAUCAUGUUGACAUGCGCCGUUCCUGUCUCCUUGCCUCCUGCAUUGGCUGUUUGCAUCCUCUACAGUCAGAAUCGUCUAAAGAAGCAUGGGAUUUUCUGUAUCAGCCCUGAUCGGAUAAGCCUUUGUGGACAGCUAAACCUCAUCUGUUUUGACAAAACAGGAACCCUAACAGAAGAUGGCUUGGAUUUAUGGGGCAUUGUACCUUCUGGGGAAAACUGUUUUCAGGAAGUACAUCAUGUCACCUCUGGAGAUACCUUACCAUGGGGGCCUUUACUUGGUGCUGUUGCCAGCUGCCACUCUCUGAUUGUCCUCGACGGUAAAAUCCACGGAGAUCCAAUGGACUUCAAGAUGUUUGAAGGCUCUGGAUGGAAUAUUGAUGACAGUGAACCAACAUGCACAGUGUAUGGAAAAUGUUGUUCAUGUGUGACCGUUAAACCUGCAUCGGGAUCAAAGGUCCCAGUAGACGGAAUCCACAUUUUGCUCCAGUUUCCUUUUUCCUCUGCUCUGCAGCGAAUGUCUGUCAUAGCCCGAGUAAUAGGAGAAGAGAGACUCACUUUAUUUUUAAAAGGAGCUCCCGAGAUGGUGAUCCAAUUUUGCAAACAGGAAACAGUACCACCUUCCUUCAAGAACACACUUGAUUACUAUACAGAACAAGGCUUUCGAGUCAUUUCCCUGGCAUAUAAAUAUUUUGAGCUGCAAGAAAAUGGUUCACUUCAUAACUUAAAAAGGAAAGAAGUGGAAUCUGAUCUGAUAUUUCUAGGAUUUUUAAUAAUGGAAAAUCAACUUAAACCUGAAACAAAGUCUGUUGUUCAAGAACUUAUUUCUGCUAAUUUAAGAAUGGUCAUGCUAACAGGUGACAACUGUAAAACAGCUUGUACAGUUGGAAUGGGUUCAGGAAUGGUACCCAACACCGACACUUUAUUUUUGCUUGAAGCCACUGAACCCGAAAAAGACACUCAACCAUUCAUUAAUUGGCAGAUUGUGAAGAAGAAUAAGGAUAAUGAUGCUAAACUAAAUGAGACAACAGUUAAUAUUCCAUGCAUUGAUGACAUAAACUUUAAUUCGAUUCAAGUCAAGUUGGAUUAUGCCUCCAGUGGAAAAUAUGAUGGUACUGAAAAACAAAACUUGCCUGAAUUGAUGAUGCCCAAUGUAUCUCUACUGUCAACCGCUUCUGCUGAUUUUGCACCUUCAAUUGCUGCUGUUGCUUUAAAUGAGAUAGUAAAGGAUAUCCAAUGUGUGGCACCUGGGAGCCAUUAUUUAAUGCAAAACAAGUAUCAUUAUGCCAUGACUGGGAAAUCAUACCAAACUAUCAAGCAACAUUUUCCUGACUUGAUGCCAGAUAUCCUACUUAACGGAACCAUUUUUGCCAGAAUGACCCCCAAACAAAAAUCUACCAUUAUCGAAGAUUUGCAAAAUAUAGAUUACUAUGUGGGGAUGUGUGGAGAUGGAGCUAAUGACUGUGGGGCACUGAAAGUGGCUCAUGCUGGAAUUUCAUUAUCAGAGCUGGAGGCUUCAGUGGCUUCUCCAUUUACAUCUAAAAUAACAAACAUUACAUGCAUACCCACCCUACUGAAGGAAGGGAGAAACGUAUUUGUCACUUACUUGUCCUUGUUUAAAUACAUGGUGAUGUACUCCUUUAUCGGAUUGGUCUGCAUGUUUCUUAUGUUUUGGGAGCAAACAAUACUUGGAAGUAAUCAAUACCUUAUGCAAGAUAUUGCCAUUACCAUCCCUCUUAUGCUUACAAUGAGCUUAAAUGGUCCUGCACAGAAGUUAGCACCAUACAGACCGGCUGGACGUUUGCUUUUACCACCCUUGCUACUUUCAAUAAUUCUACAUCUGUGUUUCACCGUCACCGUGCAAAUGUGUGCUUAUUUCGUGUUACAACAGCAGCCGUGGUUCAGCAGAAGCAAUGUAUUCCAUGCUUGCAUCCCUCAGAACAUGAGCUUUUCUAAUGAAACAACACUUCGGGAGCCUGACGUAUCACAGAACUUCUUUACCACCACUUGUUGGAUAAUAACCGGAAUCAAUUUAAUCACUAUUGAGUUUGUGUUUUCCAAAGGAAGGCCAUUCCGCCAGCCAGUAUAUACUAACUAUAUCUUCUUCAUGUUUGUAGUGGCGCAGGUGGCUGUAUACAUGUUCUUUCUGUUUGCUGAUAUUGAGUCACUGUACGAUAAUAUGAAGAUUGUCUGCAUGCCAUAUUACUGGAGAGGAAUUAUAUUUGGCAUGGUGUUUGCACUUUUUACUGUAUCCUAUUUUAUUGAGGAAUGCAUCCUUGAAAAUAGAAGUCUGUGGUUAAGAAUUUAUAAAAAGUUCAACUGCAAGAGCUUGAGUCAAUUUAAAGAGCUCCAAAAAGCGAUGGCAAUGGACAAUCAUCCCACUGUGGUGCAGAGAAAGAUAAACGUACUGAAUGUUAAAGGAUUAAAUCAGAAUGCAAUGCAACCAUUAUGUAGUGACUACCAAGGCCUCUAGAUGGCGCUGUUAUACAUAACAUGUUAUGAUGUCAACCUUUAGUCUUGGAAACUGCUUUCUCAAAUAAUGAUCCCAGAAUUCAGAAGUGACUACUGCAAAAUACUCACAAAUAGAAUAUUUUAUGCAAAGGUACCAAAAAAAUUUCUCUUCCAAAAAAAUAUAAAAAUAUAACACUGUAUAUAUACUGUACAUAUAGAUAUGUAUAUAAUUAAAAAUGUAUAAACCCUGAAUGUCUUUUAGUCUGUCACAUUUAAUAUGGAUUUUAUAUUGAAGUGCAUGUCAUUACACCUCUUAUUUAACAGCUCAUGUGUCAUGUCUUGUAAGGCGAAUAUUAAACACUUUUUUACUGUUAAAAGCAGGGGGACAAUUUUUACCCAUUUUUACUACUGAGAAAUAUAAAGAUAGGGAUAUACCGGAUUCCAUUAUUUGGAGAUUCUGCUAAAUCCGAAACCCUUGUCAAAAAUUCGGCCAAAUCCCAAACCAAAUCAAAACCCUAAUGUGCUCAUGUAGGAAGAGUAUAAUGGAACAUUCACUUCCUUUUUUGUGUGAUGAAAAGUGACUUUAAAGGAGAAGGAAAGCUACCAAGGUAGUUUAUUGCCAAUAGAUUAGCCGCAAUAGUGAAAGCUAUAAUACUGUAUUUAUUCUGCAGAAUGCUUUACCAUACAUGAAUAAAAAGCUCUACAAUCUC